AUGAAAACAAUGAUUGAUUCGGGCUCUGAUGAUUCGUUUAUUAGUCCAGAAGCUUUAGCCAAAAUUUCUCCUCAACCUAUUAUGCAUCCGACUAAUAAAGAUUUUCAAGCUAUGAAUGGCACACAAGUUGUCGUAUCUGGUUAUGUAAUAUUAACAAUUGCUUUUGCCAAAAACUUGUCUGAUGAAAUAAUCUAUGUAUCACUACAAACCAACAUCGAUUUACUUUUAGGACAAACAUGGAUUCAGAAACACCAGGCGAUUCUUAAUUGUAAAGAUCAAUGUGUUACUAUUAUGACUGGUAAUGGUCCAAGAUCCAUUCGAUAUAUACCAGCAUAUGACAAUAAUAGUGGCGACACAUGUCAACAAUACAACAUUCGACUAGUAAAUGAUAUUACUAUUAAAUCAUGA